GGCGUGCAGAGCGCGGCCCCGCUGAGGCCGAGGCUACGCGUGAUUCAGAUUCAUGAAGGAAGGGCGCAGGGCAGCUGGCCCACGCAAGUAGAGAGCGGUACGAGUCAGCUAGCGCUACUUCCCUAGCCGAACAGACCAACUAUCGCAACCAGUUGAUGUCUUCAGAUGACAUUUAAGCUAUAACCGUGCAUUUAGUUGGUUUGAUUCGCCGUUGGUCGUCCAAAAAAUAACAACCCGACAAAAUGACAGAUCCUGCGGUGGCCGACACUCGCCGGUUGAAUUCAAAGCCCCAGGACCUGACGGACGCGUACGGGCCCCCCAGCAACUAUCUGGAAAUAGACGUUAACGAUCCACAAACCGUUGGAGUUGGACGGAACCGUUACACAAAUUACGAAGUCCGCAUGCGGACAAACCUUCCCAUUUUCAAACUGAAGGAAUCCUGUGUGAGAAGAAGAUAUAGUGACUUUGAGUGGUUAAAGAUUGAGCUGGAAAGAGACAGUAAGAUUGUAGUACCAUCUCUGCCGGGGAAAGCCCUGAAGAGACAGUUGCCGUUCCGCGGCGAUGGGGGUCUUUUUGACGAGUCCUUCAUUGAGGAGCGGCGAUCGGGCCUGGAGCAGUUCAUCAACAGAAUUGCAGGUCAUCCCUUGGCCCAGAAUGAGCGCUGUCUUCACAUGUUUCUGCAAGAGGAAAGCAUUGACCGCCACUACAUUCCUGGAAAAGUAUGAAUGAAGUAAGUUUGCCUUAUUUGAUCCUGUCUCAAGAGCUUUCUGGAAGGUGGCUGCAUGGGCACUAAAGACCAAAGGCGAUAGUUCACAAAAACUUAGGAAGUACAAUUCAAACACCAUAUAUAAACUAUCACAGAGAGCUGACUGCAAGCUGUUACUCUGUGCUGCAAAGGGAAGAAUGUUCUGCAAGCCAGUUUUGCGUUAACCAUUAUCAAGCAUUACAAAAAUGAAUGAAUGUAAAAUCUCAAUUGCAGUUGAAAGUUUUUAAUUGGUAAUGAGUGUACUUGAGUCAUUCUGUUGUUUAUUCAAAACUGGCUUUCAGAAGUUUAUCGCUCAACCAGUAUCAGGCCGCUGCCAGUGUUUUGAGUUAUGUGAACUAUUGUUUACUGGGGAUAAGUACUGCACAUCACCAUUGACUAAUCCUGGUACAAUGUAAUUAUCAACCGCAUUAAUCAUUGACUGCAUGGCAAAAUGUGCAUGCUUUAUUUGUAAUAUAAUUGUCUCAGUGUCGCCCUCAAUUUUAUUUUUUACAUGCCUGUGAUCAUGUUAUUGUUCAGUCUGUUGACUGAGAUCUAUAUUUCACUUAAUUCAGUUUCUACAGACAUGGAUAAGUGUCAUAUUUUUUUCUGUGAAUAGUAUUAUAAUGUUGUGCCAUUACAUUAAUCAGUGCAUCAGUAGAUUCUGAGAUUGACAGCAAAGACCAAAUCCAUGUAAGCUUCAACAUGUCUCUACAUCAUUUCUCAUGUCUGUCUCUUUCUCUCUCUUAUUGCAAAGACAAUACAGACUGCUGCACCUGCCCCAUGUACAUUUAUUUCGACAUCACGUCAUUUAAAAGCUGGUGGAAAUGUCAGAACUGAUAAGUAUCAACGGUGUUGGAAAAACAUUGCUCCUGGACAAAACUAAGAGAUCCAAUGUAUAAAUUGUUUGAUGUUGUGUCUUUAUUCAGUCAUUCCACAUACAGUAUGUACAUUAUUUUUGAUUCAGUAAUCAGUGAAAAAGAAAACAUGUUUCCAUAUAACCUUUUUGUCAUAGCUCUAUAUAUAUAUAUUUUUUUUUUUUUUUUUACAAUUGAUUAUUAUGUUUUUUGAAUGUCUUUUAAAAUUGCUUUAAUCAAGUUUAAAAUGAGGGUAAUUUCCUGCUUGGAUUAAUGUCUUUUGCUAGCGGAGAUUUGAUUUUGAUGAUAACCUCCCAAAGUCGAGCAACAUGUAGCAUCAUGAUAAGUGACAGUGACAUUUUUGUUCCAGUCAAUAGUUUCCCCUAAGUUUUAUGUUCUGAACAUGCUCUUAGACAGGAUUGUUUCAUGAUAAGUUGUUUAAACUCUGCUGUUACAUCAUCAUGCCUACACUCUGGCUGUGUGUUGUCAAAUCAGCUAUUGGGAACGUUAAGUUGGGUAAAUAACCAUAUCUAAGCACUGUGACAAUAGGUUCAUUAUAUGAACAAUAUUUCAUUGUUUAAAGGCGUAAUCAGCAUCUGGUUUAAUGAUCUGAAAUAAGGCUUUAUUCUGCAUUUAUUUCAUUUAGGCUUUACUCUGCACCUUUAUUUUUUUUUAAUUACUGUGAGGUGUAUUAAUACAUGUCAUCAUUGCAGUUCCGCUAUUGGUGACGAGGAACUUCUUAAUUCUGUCCUCCAAUUAAAUUCCCUGCUGCCUGCUG